CGAGUAUCAGGAAAAUAGAAAUAGACAGAAUAUUGGAACAAUUUACAAUUUGUAUUAUAAAACUGUAGCGAAACUUCAAAUGUAACCGCAAAGAGUAGCACAUUAUCUCACGGAUUUACCUUGAUUUUAGCUACAUGAGUUUUGUGCUAUAUAGUUGAACGUUUAUGUGUUACUUUUGGAUGUGAAAAAAUUAUGAACUGCCUUAGUCUUCACAAGGAGCUAGAAAAUUUGUUUUUUAUCUCUUUUAUUACCGCUACUAUGGCUGAAUUCUUUAUAGAACAAUGUCGCCACUACAUUUACUACGGUCUAUUAUAUCGAUCUCAUUAUAACAGACGCAAUUAUACAGGGGACAAAAAAUAGCGAACUAUUUACGCUGUAUCAUCCCUCUGAGAGAGAAUAAACAAUAACAAAAUUACGCAUAAUUAGAAGCCACGCAUCCACGAUGUUUUACCCUCUUGAAAAGGAAUAGAAAAUAAGAAAAUAACGCAAAAUUAGAUGCUUCUACAACGUCCCACUGUUUUCUACCACCGAUCAAGCAAAGGCGAUUAAUUUUUACCCUCUAUUGAAAAGGAGCAGAAACUUAGAAAAUUGCGCAUAAUUAGAAGGCGCGUAUAGUAUGGCAGAGCACAGAAAAAAAAACAUCCACAAUGUCCAGAGCUGCUUUUUCUGGUCAGAAGAUACGCUGUUCCUUUCGAGUAUAAGAAAGAAUGCAAAGUGAGUAUUAUACACCAACAAAACUAACCGAUUCCCAUUUUGCAACAACUACAACGAACACACACUAAAAGGAAAAUGACGGAGAAUGCUGCGGUCGGAGAGCUGUCGCUUAAUAUCGCUAUCGACCCUGAAUGUUUUUAUUUACAAAGAGUCGCGGAGGAACGACCGGUUUUAAAGCAAACGAAAAAAACGAAGAAGACGCUCUCGCGCGCGCGCGCGCGCGAAUGCCGUGUGUGUGUUUGACUUUAGGGAAUUCUGCGCCGGAGUGAGUUUAAUACGUGUCGUGACUGCUGCUGGGUGCAGUCGUUCGCGGAAACCAGUGCGUGAGCUCGCGGGCUUUUGUUCUAAAAUAAAUAAAUCGCGUGUUACACGCAGUGAUAUAGUUUUAGCUUUUCGGAGAUAAUGGACUACUGAAUUAAUAGACCACAAUGUCGAUUAAAGUGCCCACUCUUUUGUUCGGUGUUUUGGCAGCAGCGCAGUGUCUGAACGCCGCCGGAAAUGACAUCAAAACGGUCUACACCUACGGCUACGCCUACAGCCAGUUCUUCCCUCUGGAGGAAAAUCUAUCCCCCGACCGAGUCCUCCGCUUCUCCGUACGAGCCCCAAGAGACGCCCACAUCUUGCUCGCACCGACGCACGAAGCCGACCAGCCGGUGUACGAGAUAGUCCUGGGCGCGCGCAACAACACGAUGAACCACAUACGCGGCAGGUGUCCCUGUCAGGAGGAGCCAAGCGCUUCGGUUCGUACCGUGAAUCUGCUGAGUCGUCGAGAAUUCCGUAACUUCUGGGUGAAGGUCGCCUCGGACCGGCUGAAAACUGCGGUACAGGUCGGUCUCGGGGAAAGCGACACUCCCUUUCACGAGUGGCGCGACCCCAGACCCCUCGCGCCGAUGUUUCUCAGCUUUAGAUCGGCCACGCCCGCUACUUGGCACUACGGAUUCCGAGACGAGCAUUACGAGAAUGGGGUGUCCAGCGACAGGCGACAGACCGUCGUGACGUCGACCGGCUUCGGGCAAUAUUUUCCACUGUCCGAUCACGUGAGUCAUUCCGAGGAUGGGAUCACGCUUUAUUUCACGGCAAGGACGUCUCGAGAACUGCAGAUUCUCCUGAGCCCAGAAGUUUCAACGCUGGGAGAUGUCUACCUGAUCGGUAUUCGAGCCAACGGCGCUUACGUUAGGCGGAGGUACUUGGGAGACAACAGCGCAGCUUUCCAACAGCCGGGAUUCCUGAACGGACGCGAAAAGAUCAAAUUCUGGAUCAAGCUGACCAGAGACGGUGUCAUAAUGCUCGGAAAGGGCGGCUCUCCAAAUCCAGUACUGCAGUGGAGAGAUCCCACGAGCAUCUCGCCGCAGUAUCUCAGCUUCCUGAUGUACCGAGAAACCGACGAAGAUCCCGAACCGUCUCUUUACGCUGACGUUCAAUACGGCCUUGGUCCGGACUACACGAUUUCCUCGCAGGACUGCACAGCUCGAUGGAAGGGAGCCAGCAGUCAGUUACCACCCGGUGCAGUUCGUGGCGGUCGUCUCGAGGACGGCGAAAUCUUCGUGUGUCGCGCUAACCACGACGGCGACACCAUACCCGGCAGCUACAUCAUCGACGAGAACCUCGAGGGCAAGUGCUACAUAUCCUACAACUUCUCCGUCAUUCGCAAGACCCAAUUCGAGGUGCUCACCGGCUGCAGAUUAAAAUGGGUGUCGGCGUCUCUCGGACACGUCCCGGAAGGCUCGAUCGUCGGUGGUUACCAACGAGGCAGGCCGAAAUACUACGUGGCUAGAGUUAAACACGAGGGUCUGCUGCUUAUGGGAAAACUGCAACCGGACCUUCGUCUGGCCCACGUCCCCUACAGUGGCCAGGAGCUUCCGUUCACCAACUACGAGACUCUGGUGCAGUUGGCUCCGACAGGUGGAAGCGUCUUUUUCCACGGAAAAGUCGACGUUCCCUCGGUCCAGGAAUCCCCAGCAGCAACCGACAGCAGCGUCAGUGUCAGCGUCAGCAGCAGCAGCAGCAGCAGUAGCAACGAGCAGAGCCGACGCCACGAGCCUCAUCGCGAGAGACACGAUUAUGAUCGAUACGAAGCUUAAUUUUUGUUUUCUGUUCUCUGUAGGAUUGUGCGUCGAUGUGCCAUGUACACGUAUAUAUAGAUAUAUAGAUAAUGAUAUGUAUAGAUUUACGAUCUUGUAAUACUCAGUUUUGAAAAAAAUUACGUAAUAAAAUCGACUACUUAUUUAGACU